UUCCUCUCAUUCUGCUUGCAACACGCUUGCGCACAGCUGCCGGUCCUAUUCCUGGCAUGCGGCUUGUAAGAUGAGUAAAGAAGCAGGUGGAGAGAGAUACAUAGAGAGAGGCUCUGUCAUUGGAAAUAGCUCACAUUGACAGGAACAAGCCAGAGAGUCGACCCAGCAUCUAUGCCAGGACCGCUCACCUGCAAGGUGCGCAGCAAAGAUGAUGACCAUGAAUAGCAAGCAGCCUUUCUCUAUGCACCAUGCCCUGCAAGAGUCCAAAUACAGCCUGCACUCCAGUUCAGAGGCGAUGCGCAGAGUUUGCCUUCCAAAUCCACAGCUCCAGGGCAAUAUAUUUGGAGGCUUUGAUGAGAGUCUGCUGGCCCGCGCUGAAGCUCUGGCGGCUGUUGACAUUGUCUCCCACGGCAAGAGCCAUCCUUUUAAGCCAGACGUGACCUAUCAUACCAUGAGCAGUGUCUCCUGCGCCUCUACCUCUUCUACAGUGCCCAUCUCUCACCCAUCCACCUUGACCUCACACCCACACCAUCACCUGCACCAAAGUCUGGAAGGAGACCUCCUCGACCACAUCUCUCCAAGUCUAACCGGAAUGGGGGCCCCUGAUCCGUCUGUCAUGUCUGCUCAAGUUCACCAGCAUCAUCUGCAAACCAUGGGUCAUCUCCACCAAGCAAUGAGCAUGGGGCACCACCACUCCAUCUCCUCUCACAAUGGGAUGACCUGCAUGAACGAUGUGGAAUCAGACCCACGCGAGUUGGAAGCGUUCGCGGAGAGAUUUAAACAAAGACGGAUCAAGCUUGGGGUGACACAGGCAGAUGUGGGCUCAGCCCUCGCCAACCUGAAGAUACCAGGGGUUGGCUCCCUUAGCCAGAGCACCAUAUGCAGGUUUGAGUCCUUGACCUUGUCCCACAACAACAUGAUCGCUCUUAAACCUGUCCUGCAAGCCUGGCUUGAAGAAGCAGAGGCGGCGUACCGGGAGAAGAACAACAAACCAGACCCUUUCAAUGGCAGCGAAAGAAAACGCAAACGCACCUCAAUCGCAGCACCGGAAAAGCGCUCUUUGGAGGCAUAUUUCGCUAUCCAACCCCGUCCCUCUUCGGAAAAAAUCGCGGCCAUCGCAGAAAAACUGGACCUUAAAAAGAACGUAGUUAGAGUCUGGUUUUGCAAUCAAAGACAAAAGCAGAAAAGGAUGAAAUAUUCAGCGGUUCACUAACUGCAAUACUCAGUGUGACUUCAUAUUUUAUUAAGAAUAUAGCAGGGAUCUAUUCAUGUCUUCUAUAAGGACUUUCAAUAUAACCCAUGGACAGGCUUUUUGCCUCGCUCACUUUCAAAUAUACCACAGUCUAAAGGUUUGACGUUAUUUGUAGAAAUGUACUUGUAAACACAUGUAUUGUGCACUAAAAAUGAAUUGCUUGUCACUUUGGAGAAGUUUGUUGCUACGAUUUACUUGAUGAAUUGUCUUGUUUCCAUGCUGAAAUAAUCUAAUAAUUUAUAAUUGUUUAAAUUGAACAAAAAUACCUGUGUCAAAAAUGUAUGAUUGGAUUUUUCAGAAUUAAUUCUGAAUAAAGGUAUAUGACAUUUAUUCGUCAAAUAAUUACGUCAGUUAUAUUAAAGGUUGCCCGUACAUUGCAUGCUAGUAUGCCACAUGAUAGUUUACUAUGGCGUAACAAUAACUAAUUAAGCAGAAUAUAUCCUUAUAUUUUAUCUAUAUUGGGAUUCACUGAUACAAUUGAGACAAAUAUUAGACUUAAAACAUUUUUUAUUGCAUUAUUUCUUCAAAAAGUUGAUUUACUCUUCCUAAAAGAAGUAUAUUUUUAAAUACAUUAAAAUAAUGUACCUCAGCUUUUAGGCUUACACUGAAUUAACUUUCCUGGAAUCCCCACGCAGCCCUACACUGUGUUUUGUAUCACUGUGAUCUUUUAUUCAUACACUAAGAGGUAAUACAUUUAAAAUGUGAGGCUCAAUGCAAUGUGUUUUCAGUUAUACAUGCGAAAUAUUAAGCACAAAGUACCUGUUUAUCACACUGUUAUCCGAGAAGUAAACUGUCCCCCUAAACGCAAUCCCUUUUUUUAUUUGUACCUGAUCAAGUGUGUAUGUAGUUUUGUCUUUGUCUAAAGUUGUGACAAUAAAUUCGUUGUUAUUUUUAAAAUUAAAAAUUGAGCCUCUUGUCCUACAUUCUUUGUCUGUUACUGUUCAGAAGAAGAACAAAGUAAUACAUAAAACCAUGCAUUCAUUUGUUUCCCAUUUGAAAAGUUCAUGAGUCGGUAAAACUUGAGUGACACGGGAAAGUCACGCAUUGUCCUUUCAAGUUAAUUGUUUUUCAUAAUUUCAU